CAUGCGCCGUAACUUGGUUUAGGUUAUGUUUCCUUUGUACCUUUUAACAACUGCACCUUCAAUCACAUCACGAUUCACGACGAAGAAAAUAAUUGUCAGUGAUAAUUUUUGGUAUUUUAAAUAAGUUGAAAAGGAAUAAACUUAAUUAAUGAUUAAUUGUAUACGACUUAUUAUAAUCGGUUUUACGUUUUUCUCACCAUAACAUAACAUUUUAAAAAUCUAUUGAUAAUUUAGACCGCUUGUUAGUCUUGUAUUCGGAACCAUCUACAAUGCUUAUCACGUUCAAAAAUUUACAACAGCAAACUUUCAAAUUGGAAAUUGACUCGAACCAAACGGUAAUAUAAUAUUCAGAUUUAAUUCAAAUAAUAAUAGUUCAAUUUAUUGGGUAAGAUAAUAAUGGUUGUUUUUCAUAUUGCAUGCUAUUUCAUUUAACUACCUACCUGAUGAUACAAAUGUAAUUAUAUUAAAACUGAAAUAAAAACAUUUAUUAUAUUUUAAUAUGCAGAAAUAUUAUUUGUAACAGACAUUAUUUUUUUUAAGACUAUACAAAUUAUAAAAUAUUAUAUUAUAUUCUACUUAUAGUAAUAAACAGGUAAUUUAUUUUAAGGUCAUAUCAACUUGCAUAAAUAUACCAAAGUUUUAAACGACCAGAAACAUUUUUAAAAUCAUAAUUAAGUACUUAGUAAAUUUAUAUUUUUUUUAGUAUCGAUUAAUUUAUAGUGAAUUUAUAACAUUACUAUCUGCUAUAAAGUUUGUGUAAUCUAUAUACCUAGGUUCACCUUUAUGAUAAUAAUAUUUAAAAUAGGUAACAAAUUUGUUAUGAAUUAAUAAAUUGUAUUUAUUAUCAUUACAUUAAUAAAAUAAGUUUUUUGUCUUGAAUAUUCACAUUCAUAAAUGUGUAUUUACACAAAUAAAAUUACUUCAUAUUAUACAAUUAAUAACAUGUUUAUGUUGCUAUUACAUUAUAAACAAAACAAAGCAUUACUUAUUUGAUAUUAAAUAAAUUUCUAGAUGAAAAGGUUAAAAAUGUAUUUUAAUUAAAAAAGACUUCUGAUUUUAAAACUAAAUUUAACAUCAAUUUGUUUGAUGUUAACUAUGUUAUUUUUUUUUUUAUUUACUAAUUUAAAAUAUAACCAAUGUUAACCUUUAGUGUUCUUCUUAUUGAUAUUGAUCAUAAUACUAAAAUAAAAAGAUUAAUAUGAAAAUAUAAUUAUUUUGUAAUAUUUAGGGUUUGGAUUUAAAAGCAAAAUAAACAAUAAAAAAAAAAAAAGUAUUAAGUUUAUACAAAAAUGCAAUUACAAUAAUUUAAUAACUUAGACAAACUGUCUUCUACUAAAUGUUGAUGGUAUGUUAAUUACCAACUGGCGAACAUUUUUGAAUCUACACUUUAAGAUGAUAUUAAUUUAUAGAUAAGUAGUUUGGAUACGUUGAUAAAUAUCAAAUAAACUUACAAUGCAAAUAUUUUAAUAAAACUGAUUUUAAACAUAACAUCAACAACAUGUCAUCUUCACAAGCUUUUUAGAUUUUUAGCGUUAACAUUUUAAAACUAUCACAUCAAUUGAUAUUUUAUGAAACACAAAAAAAUUUAAAAAAAAUAAAAAUAAUAUUUGCCCAUUAUCUUAGAAAUUAAUUGAAACACUUUUUUCAAGAAUAAUUGUUUUUCUAUUAUUAUUUAAAAAAAAAAACCUUGUGCCUUCAAAUCAAAACUCUACAGGGUGAUUCUCUAAGCUUGCACAGUUGGUAUCACCAUAAGGUACUCCUUAAAUGUUAUGAAAAUAUCAGCUUUACUAGAUUUGAAAAUUCCAAAAAUCAGAAUUUGAAUAUAUGCAAAAUUUAACCAAAAAACAUGGGAUAAGAUCACUUGGUGAAUUAAAUUAAGUAAUUAAUUUAAAUUUUAUAGAUAAGACAGUUAAAAGAAAAAUUGCAAGAAGUUAAAGGAUCUGAGUAUUUGGCAGAAAAUCAAAAAUUAAUUUAUGCAGGUAGAUUCUUUAAAUUUAAGAACAAUUAUUUAUUUUUAAUUGAAUAAUUUAUUUCAUAGGGAAAAUACUAAGUGAUGAUACUAAAAUCAGUGAUUGUAACAUUGACACAAAAAAAUUUGUGGUGGUUAUGGUUUCAAAAGCAGCUAGUGCUAGUGUUGUCAGUGCCACCACUAGUGCUGUCUGUUCCACUGCUAAUGCUGCUAAUGCUGCUAAUGCCGCUGCUAGUGCUGCUACAGCUGCUGCUACUGCCGCUUCUGCUGCCGCUAAUGCUGCUAACACCUCUGUCAAGACAAUGGCAUCUGCUUCAACUUCUGCUAAAGCAACAGAGAGGUAAGAUUUGUUUGUUCAUUAUACUUUUUUCCUCCAUAAUUUAAUUUUUGUCAUAUAGUGAUUCUGUAACUGUUGAACAACCUAAAAGUGAAGAGCAACCACUGCCACCAGCAUUGAUACCAAUAACUGCUUCUGUGCCAGAGUCCGCAUCAAACGAUGAAUAUGAAAGAAUGGUUCAAAAUAUUAUGGAUAUGGGUUAUGAAAGAUCACUGGUACCUAAUUUUGUUUACCAUAUUUUAUUAAUUUAUAAUUUUUACCAAUUUUUUUAUUGCGAUUGUAAGGUGGAAAGUGCUCUCAGAGCUAGUUUUAACAAUCCAGAUAGAGCUGUUGAGUAUUUGCUUACUGGAAUACCUGACGAACUUCAAACCGAUCCAUCAAUAAAUCAAUCUAUAAGUAACAUACUUAGUGAAGGUAAAUAAAUUUAAAUAUAUUAUUUUAUAAUUAAAUUAUUUAUUAUUUGUUUUCAAAAUGAUUAUGUUGAUUGCUUAAAAUUCUUAUCCUUUUCUAUGUAUUUAAACCGUCUGUAAACAACUCCAAUUUUCUUUGGUGGAGUGUUUAUAUCUUCAUUUUUUUUUAAUAACAUUAAUCUAGUUCAGUAGCAUUACUGAGUAAGUACCUUUCCAUUUCAGUCAUUCCUGCCAAAAUUAUAUUGUUAUAUCUGUUACUUUUUGUGCAUACUGUUUAGAUUGUAACAUAAAUUAUUUUGUUCAAUAAAACAUUAUAUUUAUAUAAUAUUUUAAAACAAAUUUAUUAUAUUUUUUGAACUUUGGGGGGGGGAGUUCUGAACUAGUGUCAAUAUUUUACCUUUUUGUCUAUUAAAACUUGGUUUUGUUAUAUUAUAUAUACUGUAGUGUUCAUCAUAACAUGACUGUUGGAGAAAAUACUAUCUUUAUAGAACUAAAUAAUAAAAAAACUUACUUUGAAUAUAAGGGAAAAUGUUUUUGUUGCUUUCUCUAUUUAUAAUAUGUUCAUAUGUUUGAUGAUAUUGUUAUCCACUCCUGUGAUACUUGAGAUUUAUACUCUAAUUUAUGUAACUAUCAAAAAAUGUUGAAUAAAAUUAUACGAAACAUUGGCAUACAAUGUGUGAAUCCUGCUAAAUAGCUAGUGAUAACAUAGUUAAUAUAAAUUUUGUACUAUAAAAUAUUUUAUUUUUAAGAUUUAUUAUUGUUAUUAUUUACGUGGUGUUUAUAUCUUUAAUAUUACACGUGUAUUAUUUAUUUUUAGAUACAGGUAGCUCUACUGGUAGUAGUCAAAGCAGUGUCCAAGUUGCCCAAAAUGAUCCUCUAGCUUUUUUGCGUAACCAGCCAACAUUUCAACAAAUGCGUUCUGUUGUUCAGCAAAAUCCCGAAUUAUUAAACUCUGUAUUGCAACAGAUUGGACAGACCAACCCAGCUUUAUUGCAAAUGAUAUCCAAUAACCAAGAAGCUUUUGUGCGUAUGUUAAAUGAACCAAAUGAAGGUGCUGCCGCCACUCCAACUGCAGCUACAAGUAGAGGAGGAGCACCAUUAGGAGGAUAUGAAGUCGCUGUAUCUACACAAGAUAAAGAAGCAAUUGACAGAGUAAGUGUAUUAAUACAUGAUAUUUGUAUAAUAACUUAUAUUUUUAUUUUUUUUUCAGUUGAAAGCAUUAGGUUUUCCAGAACAUCAAGUAGUGCAAGCAUAUUUUGCAUGUGAGAAGAAUGAAAAUAUGGCUGCAAAUUUAUUAUUGACUCAAGAACCAGAUGAUUAAAAUACUAAGACUGAGGAUUUGGCGGAAUAAGUACAUAUUUAUUAAAACAGUUUCUAUGUAUUUUACAUCUUUAUCAUAUAAUAUAUUUUACAUCUGAAAUCUAGUAAUAAUUUGAUUUGAAAAAUUUGCUUCAAAAAAAAAAAAAGAAUAACGUAAUGUAUAAUAUUUUAUUAUUAGAAAUAGUUCAGUACCUAAAGUUUGUGUAUUUUAUUUUGUUUAAUUUUGUUCUUUAUAAUGAAAAUAAAAUUAAUUUCUUUAUACAUAAAUUCUUUCAAUACAUUAACUUGAUUUUUUUUUGUUCUAUAAAAUAAGUUAUAUUUUAAAAUAAUUAAGAAAUUACAUUAUAUUUAACUUUACAGUUAACCUAUUUGAUUAUUUGUAUAGACUUUAUUAAUACUUCAAAGCUGUCCAGCAUAGUGUAUGCUUUUCAGUAACGUUACUACAAUAUAUUUGUUCAAAUAUUUAACCAAUUAUGAUUAAUUAGUAUUUACAUCCAUUUUAAUAAAUAAAAUCAGUCUUCAAAUAUCAAUAGGUAAUACAUUUAAUAAACAUUUAUGUAAGCUGAUGUAAUUAUUUAUACACUUUAAAUAUUGAGAUUGGUUACUUAAUUAUGUGAUUUUUAAUUUACAUCCCAUGUCCAUGAUCUUUGAUAUUGAUGAAAUAAAGAAGAAAAUGAUUAUUCUUGUAAUAGAGUAUACCUAUUAGUUAUGUUUGCAAGUUUAAGUCAAGUAAAAUUCAGGAUUAAACUGUAUA